CUAUACUAUUCUUGGUUUAUUAUAUCGGCGAUCAUAUCUAUCGUGUGCAUGGUCAGCGUACUUCGGUCGGCCAGGCGUCUGACGCGCGUCACAUUUCAGCACAGCUCCAGGCAUGCCGUGACUACAGACGACUACCGCGACGAGGUGAAUACACGUGCAAACAGCAGUCGGCUGCGCUCACUGGUGGUCUACACCAUUGCGUAUCCAGUGAUAGUAUUGGUAUGCAAUAUUCCGCAGCUUAUCUACGAACUCUUGUCAACAGUGGCGAAGAGGAAAUAUCCAGGGUUCUUUAUCGCGUCGCGAGUGAUGCUAUACAGCCAGGGGUUCUUCUUGUCUUUGGCGUUCUUUGCAUUACCCGCAGUACGGCAUUCGGCGAAGGAAAUGAACCAUGCUGCAGUGCAGUACUGGGUAAUCGAGCAAGAGGAGUUCUGGCGUAUGAAGAAGAAUCCGAUCCAUCGGGGCUAUGCCAAUAUACGGCAGCAGGAGAUUGGUGACUUCCCAACGGACGAGCAGGAUGAGCACAACUUCACGUCGUUGCGUGGAAGAUUAUAUCAUUUCUUCCUAUGCCAGACACCAGAAGGUCGGCUGGCACGCACACUGUAAAACACAAGAAAAG